AUGAAUCGUAAAAAACUUUCUGGUGCCCAAAAUCGGGCAUUGGCUUCCAAAAGGGCAAAAGACUGUGAAAAAAAUAAACAAACGCUCCAAGAAUUAGGUUGGUUUUACAAAACUACUAAUCAAAAUACUGAUUUGAAGUCGGCGGAAUUAAAUAAAUCAGAACAAACAAUGGAAUCAUCGUAUUAUGAUGAUGUUGAUCUACAUUCUCUUGGGUCAGUGGAAAAUGAAACAGACGACAGUUUUAACGAUGAAUUAAAACCCGAAGAAAAUAAAGGGGCGUUGAAAAUGACCCAGCACUCUGGCCAUUCGAUUCUUAAGCAAAGAGAAAAAGAAGAGUUAAUCAAAAAAGGUCCGUCAACUUUACCUGAUGAUUUCCCACGAGAUGCUACUAAUAACAGGGUCUUUCCAAAAGAAGUUCUUUUCAUUGCAUUGCCUUAUGGAGAAAAAGUUCAACGAGAUUAUCUGAUAUGGAGCCCAUUGUCUAACUCUCUACUUUGUUUCCCGUGUUCUUUAUUUAGGUGUGAAAAUUCCGGAUCCUAUGGGGAUCGAUCUCUUCUUCGCUGGAAUGGAGGAAUAAAAAGUGACUGGAGAAAAUUGAGUGAUCGUAUCAAAAGACAUCAUAGCAACCCAGUUCAUCAAAGUCAUUAUCUCAAUUGGAAGACUUUGCACUCAGCUCUUGUCGAUCAGUGCGGGAUCGACUCAGAGUUCCAAAAGGCACUAGAAAAGGAAGUAGCCAGAUGGCGUGAAAUACUUCGUUGGCAAUAUUCGUCGAUGGAGAAAAACGAGAAAGGGAACUUUUUAAGUUGCCUUGAACUUAUUUCUCGUCACAACGAAACAUUAAAGAAUCAUCUUGAAACAGUUGCUCGUCAUCAAAAUAAAGGAACCAGAAUACAAGCUCACUAUCUCUCCUGGCAAUCACAAAACGAAUUCAUCAGUGAAUACGCUACAUUAGUUCAAGCAGCAGUUGUGAAAGAAGUAAAAGAUGCCGUAUAUUUUACAAUAAUUACCGAUAGGACCCCAGAUGUAUCUCACACCGAACAAAUCACGUUUAUUCUUCAAUUUGUGCGAUUCAACUCGGGUAAGAUGAUUUGGGAAGUUAAAGAAUGA